GCACCCGACUUUCUGGAACAAGCUCGACUAGUCUGAUGACUAGAAUAGUAGUAAUCGUCUGGUAAGCAAGUCGAGUUUUCGCAACUUGAAUUUAGAGCCUACGCGUCAUUGAGUCGGCGCACUUGCGAGCUGACUGAUCGACAUAGCGAGUUCGUGAAAAAACUCGAUCAAUACUACGAGCAGGCUCGCCUCACGUGGCGGGUUCGCUUCAAACGGCGGGUUCGCCUCCUCACAUGGCCAUUUCGUUACACAGGACCUCGUCGCGUCACAAUAGCAGGGUCCCUCAAUCAUCAAGCGCCAGCAAUCUCGUUGUCUCACGAUUGAUCCCUUCUAGAACGCGCUUCUCGCGCUCCUCACGCUUCUCACGCUUCCCUAUCGACAAUAUGGUGCCGAAGAAACUAUUUACCGGACCAGAAACCAUAGCCUCCCUAUUCUUCGCCUUAGCUGUGAUGACUUUGUUGGGUCCUGUAGCGACGCUCGCGAGUGGGCCUUCGGUCGGCGAACGGUUGCUGUUACCACAUGAUAAGUCGCGCGUGAUUUCGCAGGAAAUGCAGAUCCUCCUCGCGACCGGGACGAACCAAGGCUUCUUGCAGGCGGCGGAAACCAUCGGCGGAAAGAACCCGGGAAUGGGGGGAAAGCCAGGCAAGGGCAAGACGAAAGGGAACGGGUCAGGCAAAGGCAACACCAAGGGCGCAGGGAGCAAGGGCGUAGGGCGUGAGAGCGCUGGCGGCAAAGGCGGAAAAGGGAUGGCUGGCGGAGUGGAUACCUUGCGCGGCAUUCUCAAGGGUGGCGGAAAGGGGAAGGGCAAGGGCGGGGGGAACGGAGGGCGGAGCGGCAAGGGGAAGAAGGGCGCGUGGGGGACGGCGCUGCGCAGUCUGCCGAUUUGGAAUGCCGCCAAGUUCCAGCUCAAAGCACGCCGAGCGCUCGCGGGGCUGAAGAAAGCGAUGGCGCAGGCGGGAACGGCGCGCGGGCACGCGCUGGGUCUCGUGCGUAAGUGGAUGGCGGAAGACGCGCGCGCGGGCGCGCGAAAUGUGUGGACGCAAGCGGCUCGCGAUUGCGUGCAUCAGAUGUCGCUCUCGCAGCUCAGCAUGGAUCGCGCCUCGGAGAUUCUCCAGGCAGGCGACGCGGACGCGUCGGACGCGGUCUUUAAACUGUCGGGGGCAGCCACGCUGGCGGACAACUGCCAGGGCGCUUUCGACUUCCUCAGGAGGACGGAGGGCAGCAGCGGACGUUACGACAUGACGGCGCAAGUGCGGGAAACGGCAUCCAUUCUGCACGAUUCCGUUGUGGCUCUCCAGCAGCAGACCAUCGACAUGCAGCAAAUAGCCGCGGCUGCUGCUGCUACUGAUGUGUCUGCUGACGGUGGUGAUGCUGCUCUUUCUGACCCUGCUGCUGACGCUGCCGCCGCCGCUGCUGCUGCUGCUGCUGCUGCUUCUAGCCCUGCUGCUAGCCCUGCUGCUGACCCUGCUUCUUCUGACCCUGCUGCUGCUGACCAAGCUGCUGCUGGACCUGCUGCCGAACCUGCUGCCGAAACUGCUACUUCCGACCCUGCUGCUGCCGAACCUGCUGUUGCCGAACCUGCUGCUGCUGACCCUGCUGCAACAUCCAGCGGCCGAUCAUUGGCGGAUUUCUCCGUUAAGGGUAGGGAUGAGGCGGGCCUGAGGAGGGGAAGAAGAGUGCAGGAGGUUAGGGGAGGGGGGGAGGUAGGAGGAGACAGAGCAGGAGAGGGAGGGGGGGAGGUAGGAGAAGUGGUGGGAGAAGUAACUGGGGAGAAAGCGGGAGGGGGAGGUUCAACCGGAGAGAUAGCGCGAGGGGAAGAGGUUACGACUCUUGAAGACCCUUCUGUACCUAAUCCAGAAGUUGGCCCGGCUGAAGCUUCCGCUGACGUGUCAUCUGACGUGGACGACACCAGUGCUGACGUGGAUGGUCCCACCGCUGAUGUGAACGACCCCACUUCUGAGGUGGACAGCAACAGUGACACCAUAGAGCCAGCAGAUACCGAGGGGCAGAAACGCACCCCAUCUUCUCCCUCCUCUUCAUCACUCCUGCAAGCCAACGGCACUGCUGCUGACCCCCCAACUGCCUCCCCCUCCUCCCCCUCCUCCCCCUCUUCCCCCGCACCCCCCUCUUCUCCCCCGCCCCCCCCUUCCCCUCCCCCCAAGAAGCCCCCCACGCUUCCCUCCAAUUGCCCCAAGCCUAUUGUGCGCCCUCCCCCCCUCCUUGCGCCCUUCUCCAUCCCCCGGCUUAUGCCCAACCUGGUGGUGGCCCAGGAUGGAUCUGGGGACUUCACUAAUAUUCAGGACGCGGUGCUCGCGGCCCCCAAGAAGCCCAAGGGCCGAUUCGUGAUUCUCGUGAUGCCAGGUGUUUAUAACGAGCGGUUCGAAAUUGGAAAACCCAAUAUCACGCUCGUGGGGCUGUCACCUGCGCUCACUAUAAUCACGGGAAACGCGAGUGUCGGCACCAACUCCACUACAUUCAACAGCGCCACUGUUGCGAUUGAGGGUGAUUAUUUCGCAGCCGUCAAUAUUCGCUUUGAGAACACGGCAGGCAAGAUCAACAACCAGGCUGUGGCUCUGAGGGUGUCGGCUGACCAGUGCGCCUUCCACAACUGCGAGUUCACGGGAUUCCAGGAUACGCUCUACACCCACAGCGGCCGUCAAUACUACCGCAACUGCUUCAUAACCGGCAAUGUUGACUUUAUCUUCGGAAACGCAGCUGCUGUUUUCGACAACUGUACCAUUCAAAUCCGGCAGCACACCAGCGGCGCCCCCGUUUCGGCCUCCAGCCGACAAACCCCCAUCGACCCCACGGGUCUAGUCAUCCUGAAUUCCCGGGUAGUUGGCGAAACCACCCGCUGCGUUACAGGGUUUUUGGGCCGCCCUUGGAAGAGUUACGCCCGAUCAGCGGUGAUUAACUCAUAUCUUUCGCCGCAAGUCAGCUCGCUCGGAUGGAUGGAUUGGAACGGUCAAGUAAAUGACACUAUAAGUUUUAUCGAGUACAACAAUACAGGGCCAGGGGCGAACGGACCGCGCGUUUCAUGGUUACGGCCGGGGAUUAUAGCGAAUGUGACUGCAGCGAGUGACUUCUUCCCGGAGAAGUUCCUGUACCCAUUUGGAGUGAUCCGGGCGCUGCUUCCCUGGCUGUGAGCUGCUGGGAUCUGGACGGUGGGGAGUGAUUCAGUCGUUGCCACUGUAGUUGUGUGCAAUCAGGAGUGGCUGCAGUGAGCGGUUUUUUACCCGAGAAGUUCCUGUACCCGUUUUGGUGUGAUCCGGGCGCUGCUUCCCUGGCUGUGAGCUGCUGGGAUCUGGACGGUGGGGAGUGAUUCAGUCGUUGCCACUGUAGUUGUGUGCAAUCAGGAGUGGCUGCAGUGAGCGGUUUUUUACCCGACAAGUUCCUGUACCCGUUUUGGUGUGAUCCGGGCGCUGCUUCCCUGGCUGUGAGCUGCUGGGAUCUGGACGGUGGGGAGUGAUUCAGUCGUUGCCACUGUAGUUGUGUGCAAUCAGGAGUGGCUGCAGUGAGCGGUUUUUUACCCGACAAGUUCCUGUACCCGUUUUGGUGUGAUCCGGGCGCUGCUUCCCUGGCUGUGAGCUGCUGGGAUCUGGCUGCUGGGGAGUUGCUGAUGGGGUCUGGCUGCUGGGGAAUUGCUGGUGGGGAGUGGCUGCUGUGGUCGCUGCUGCGGGUCCCUGGUACUAGAGAGACGAUCGGUGGCGUGUGAUCGACGCUGCGGCUGCGUGCCAUUCGAGAGACGGCUGUCGAGCCACUGGUUGACUGAUCGUUGGUCGGUGGGUGUAUCUGGCCUCAAUAUGAGUGUGCAUCGGGGUAACGGUCUGGCGGGUCAGCUUAUGGGUAUGGCGGGUGAGGGCUGUGGGGGCGGGCUACUGUGGUGACAACGAUGGGUGUGGUUGGGAAAGCCACCAAUGAGCUCAUCAAGGCAGGAUAGCUGAUUCUGACGCAUGUGCUUAGCGCGAGCACAGGCAAGGAGCCGAUGAAGGUGGGUGGGUGUGCUGGAUGCUGCACGUCUUAGUGGUGUGUGCAUGGAUGUGCCAUCUCACUUCCACUGUGAUGCUCAUAGCACAUGAAACAUUCCACAAUGCAUUGCUGUAAGAGCUCAAAACUGGCUGUUCCAAGC